AUGAAACGUACUGGAAUCAAGAAAAGACCUGGUUGCAGCUGGGUCCAAGGAAGGAAAGGAAUGGAAACCUUCUAUGUUGGAGACAGAACUCACUCACAAUCUCAGGAGAUAUAUGAAACACUUGCAGAUUUGAUUCAGUGCAUUAAGGCCAUUGAGUAUGUUCCACAAACAAGCUUUGCUCUUCAUGAUGUGGAUGAUGAAGAAAAAGGUGACCUACUUUUUGAACACAGUGAGAAGUUGGCUCUUGCCUAUGCCAUCCUAACACUUCCCAGAGGAGCACCUAUUCGAAUCACUAAGAAUUUACGCAUUUGUGGCGAUUGCCAUAGUGCCAUAACCUACAUAUCCAUGAUCGUAGAACAUGAGAUCAUACUAAGAGACUCUAGUCGCUUCCAUCAUUUCAAAAAUGGAUCCUGCUCGUGCAAAGGGUACUGGUAA